AUGCCCAAAGGCGACGCUCCGCGCCCAGCGCCUGCUGAUGGACGUGAUGCCGCCACCCAGACAGAAGCAGUCUGCCAGGUCGAUGCUGCCACUCAAACGGGCGAGGUGGCUCAGACGGGCGAGGUGACCCAUACGGACGACUUGAUCCAGCUGGACGAGGGGACUCAGGCGGACGAGGGGACCCAGACGGACGAGGUGACCCAGACGGAUGAGGUGACCCGGACCGGCGUGGAAGACCGAGACAUUGCAACGCCACAAGCGACCGGGGCCCCCGAAACCGAGGCCACAGCAACUGAUCCGCCUCCAGCUGACAAGGUGAAGACCACAGAGGCUGGUGAAACUAUCAUUGUUCGCGGAAAAAUCACCAAAGCAGCCCGAAGAAUCCCAGCCGCUGCCCUCUGCGCCGCCAUUUCGGCAAGACUCGAAACUCUCGGGACUUCAAUAGUUCGCCCCGACAUCAGGAAGAUAGCCAAGAUCGUCGAGGUUACCAGACGUCCGCGCAACGCCGCGAAGCCAACCAACACGGCACGGUCCUCAGACCAGGGGAAGCCGACGCAGCAGGCAUCUCGAUCCCGAGCCCCGACCGGCCCCGAAUCUGUCGUCGCGGCAGACGCACCUGGCUCCGAUACCGCCUCACCCAUACGCUCACCCAUACCCGAAUCGCCCGAUAUUAUCUCACCGCCCACCGCCCUCACCGACGACCACCACGACGACUGGCCAGCAGCGACCGACAACUGGCCCGAACCGCCCGAACCCUGGGCCACACCAAGCGUGGACCAGGACCAGCCCCAGGCUCCUCCCCCAAGCUCACCCGAACAGCAAGCCAGCACUGACAGCCCCGCGCCAGCCCUUUCCGGCGCGUACGACCCGGACACAAUCACAACCACCGACAUGCUCCCGCUGGCGCGCGACGUCGCCGUCGCCGCGCUGCAGCACUCACCCCCGCUAGCAGCGCAGCUGAUCUUCCCCUCGCUGCUCUUCGGCGCAGGCUGGUCCGCCGCAGAGCAAGCCGAGGUGGCCGAAUGGCUGGCAGAGGGUCUGCGCCUGCAGGUGGAAGGGGGCGCGACGUGCGGGCGCGAGAUCCGGCGCGUCGAGCAGCGCGGGGGCGGAGCGGUCGCGGAGCCCGUCGCGUACGUGACCUACCAGUGGGAGCGGCUGGGCGACGCGCCCGAGGCGGCGCGCAACGCGCGCGCGGCGUGCCGCAUGUUUGUGGGCGGGAACCAGCUGGAGGAGGCGAUGCAGCCGCCACGGGGCAUGCAGUUGUUUUCGUGGCUUGAUGCCGGGCUUACGCAGGGCCUGGACCGCGUCGCGGUGUGGAAGACGUUGGGGGAUGGCGAGCGGCAGCGGUACGCGACGCGGCUGAUGGAGGGGCUGUGCGCGGAGAUGGAGCGCCGUGGCACGCACGGGCUGGUGUUCACGCCGCUCGAGACGGUCGGCUUCUUCCGGCGCUUCGGCUUCGAGCGCGCAAAGAAGUACAACAUCUCGGAGCGCGCGCCCGAGGCAGCGUUCGCCUGCAUGGUCCGCGAGGACAAGCGCCAGACGCUGAAGGCCGUCAUCGCGCGGAUGGAGGCCGAGCAAUCGGCGCGACAGCAGCAGGCGCCGGCGCCGCAUGGGAACGGGAACAAAAAGCGCGAGCGUGCUCCGGAGCCGAAGAAGAACGCGGCAGCAGCGGAUGGGGGCACGGCGAAUGAUGCCGGGCCGGUUGGCGAGAAGGCCGGGGAUGCCAGUCCCGCUGAUGGAGGAGCGCAAUUGAGUAAGAAGACGAAGAAGGACAAAAAGGGCAAGAAGCCAAGGCGGAGAAUCGGCCGGGCCUCGAGUGUACACCUGCUUGACGGCGACGAGUAUCUCGGAGUGAGCGAGGAAGACGCCCGGAAGGACUUGGACCUCACCGUCAAGCAUCUCAUCAGGAGAGAUGAGCGACAGAAGACCCUGUUUCUCACGACUUUGUGGAGAGACACAAUCUCGACUCUGGAGCGGAACAUCCCCACGGAAUGGCACCGGUCCAUUGACGUUUCCAUCUUCGCCAAGCGCAUCCGGGAGAACACGAGCAGCUUGAGGCAGCUCGAAUCUCUGGCCAGGGAUUGGGCCAGCAAGGGAUAUCUCGGCGAGGGAUUGCAAUGGUGCCCGGUUUGGGAGAUGCCCCAGCGCGACAGUCGGUACAUCACCAAGACGAGCUCGGCCGCCCAGCUCCGCUUCUUCGAGGCUGGAAAUGUUUCCGACGGCCGCACAGUCUUCAUACGCCAGAACAAAGUCCCGCUCGGCCAUUGUGUCAAGGUGGCCAUGGACCAGUGCGAAGAUCGGGCAAACUGGAUCAUCAUUUCGUGA